AUGAUGAGGCACGAAUCCGAGUCGCAAUUGUCCUCAGCUUCUGCUGUGCUCGAACAGCUGCAGCAGCCACCAUCAUUGAAACUCAUCUCUAUCGCGGAGACCCUCGCGCCGAAAGACAACAACUCUCAAUCCGCGGACAAACGCACUUCAACAAUUUCGGACGAUAGCGAACAGAAUGGCGACACACAUCCGGCGGCAUUGCAAGCAGACCUACUACAUUACAAGGAACUGUUUGGUAAACUCCGAUUCAGCUAUGUCGAGCAAGUCACGAAAGAGAAGUUUCUGCGCGGCAUAACCGCCGAUCCACCGAGUCUUGUCGAGGCUACCGAGAACGAGGCAAAAGAGAAAGAGAUUCUAGCUUUGAAAGCGACCUUGAAGGAGCGUAAAGUGGAAAUCGCAGAACUAUUACUACAGCUUGAAGCCAAAGGCCGAGACCUAUCACUGCGGUACGAAGGUGUGCAGCUGAAGACACAACAGCUGGCGUCGUUACCAGCAGAGAUCCAAGGCCUAGAAGCGAACAUUGAGACCCUCAAAAAGGAACAGGUACCGCCCUCUCAAAACCCGGAGCUUGCGCUGCCGUUGCCAGAGACGGCCCGUCUGGUGGAGCAACGCGAGACUGAACUCGCCGCACUCAAUGCACAGCUUGCGCAGCUCCAAUCAUCCAUACCUAACCGUACGCGCGAAUUGGAGAAAUUGGAACGAGAACUCAAACCGUUGGAGACGCAGAAGCAAGGUACGGUUGCAGCUGCAAAGGAGGCUAGACGACGAAGAGAAGAUGGCGGUGGCAUUGGCGAUGAGCUCGAGGAAAGAGGUCGCUGGCUUAGGGCAUCCGAAAGCGCGUUGAAGAAGAUGUUAGAGGUGUGA